UCAGUGAGAAAGGACGAGUUGUGCAACUGGUUUAGGAUUUGCAAAAAGCAAGGGGGUGGGGAUCAGAAGAAGGUGCAAAGCCACAAAGUACCUUUCUGCAUCUAAGAUGGUGAAGAAAGGAGUGAGGAAGAGAACAAAAUAACUACUGGGAAGUCUCAAACCAGGUUGGGGAGUGUGUGUGUAUGUGGGGAGGGGGAAGAGAAAAAGGAAAGAGGAUUAACCACAGCAACCCCCCCCCCAAAAAAAAAAAAAAAGAAAAACAGCUCUUUUUUUCUGAGGGAGGACUCGCAGGAUUAAAAGGCAACAACUUCUGAGGCAAUUUGUCCCCUGAGUUAUGGAUGUUGGUGCACUUACUUCAGGCCAGAUCAGAGCUCAGAGGGAUCUAACCAGAAGCAGCAACCACCGGCUCUCCACUUGCCUUUUACCAGGUUUUACCCUUCCAGUAUGUUUCUUUGGAUAAGACAUUUUCCAGCGCCCAGAGUUUCAGUACAAUGUGCAAAUGGAUACUGACAAAUGGUGCCUCAGCCUUUUCCCACCUGCCUUGCUGCUGCUUGCUGCUACUCUUCUUGGUGUCUUCUGUGCCUGUCACCUGCCAUGACCUCGGCCAGGACAUGCUGUCCCCGGAGGCCACCAACUCUUCUUCUUCAUCAUCCUCCUCCUUCCCCUCGUCCUUCUCUUCUCCUUCCAGCGCGGGGAGACACGUGCGGAGCUACAAUCACCUCCAAGGAGACGUGCGCAAGAGGAAGCUCUACUCUUACAACAAGUACUUUCUCAAGAUCGAGAAGAACGGCAAGGUCAGCGGCACCAAGAAGGAGAACUGCCCCUUCAGCAUAUUGGAGAUAACAUCUGUGGAAAUAGGAGUUGUGGCAGUUAAGUCCAUUAAAAGCAACUAUUAUUUAGCCAUGAACAAAAAAGGAAAAGUCUAUGGCUCUAAAGAGUUUAACAGUGAUUGCAAAUUGAAGGAAAGAAUAGAAGAAAAUGGAUAUAACACAUAUGCAUCCUUAAAUUGGAAACACAAUGGAAGGCAAAUGUUUGUAGCUUUGAAUGGACGGGGAGCCACAAAGAGAGGACAGAAAACAAGAAGGAAAAACACUUCAGCUCACUUUCUUCCAAUGGUAGUAAUGUCAUAGAUGAAGGAAGUGUUUUAUCGAUGCAGUUGAACGAAAGGCUUUUUGUGAACAAAUCCUUUUGAAGAAAAAACGCAUAGAAAUAGUGUGGACAUCUGCUUGUUUGAAAAGGGAGCAAGGGAAGCCUUUGAAGGUUUUGUACUCACUGCUGGCACAUGAAAUACUUUUAAUUAGCCUGGUGUCAUAUCUUAUAAUCAAGAUACAAGCUGCAUCAAAUGGGAUAGAAACUAUUGCCAGUGUGAACAAUGUUUUUGUUUUUCCUUUUUUUUUUUUUUUUUUUUUAUCUCGGCGAUUGAACUUAAAGGACGAGAGACAAUCUGUUGAAUGAUCUUUGGGGGAAACUUAUUUAUGGAAUACUAACUCAUAUCAAAGACCUUAAUUGCUCAUUCAAGCCUAAUGAUCCAAUGAACAGUUAGACACGCAGGCAUUUACUGGAAGCACUUGGAUCAUAUGCACAAAUAAAAGACGUUUCCAGAGAAGCCUUGUGGAAGAAUGGAUAGGAUUAAGGAAUAUAAGCAAAGUAGUGUAAAACUGUUCUAACAAAACGAAUAGUAUGGUUUGCUUGUAUGUUCUAACUUCAUUCCUUUUUAUUUCUCUCUAAGUUAUUUAUUUAAUAGGAUGUUAAAUAUCUUUUUGAUUUGACAUGUUUUCUUCAUUUGCUUCUUUGUUAUUUUCCCUUUUUCUCAGUACUUCACAAGAGGUUGAUAGGCUAAAAUGUCAAAGCCUCCUAAGUACUCUGAGAAUAGGUAAUGGACUAGGUUUUAAACGCAGAAUUUAAUGUGUAUAAUCCAUUUUUUUCCUAAACUGUCUUGCACUUAAGCAAAAAGACCAAACAAGCAGAGCUUGAAUUUAUGGUAUUGGGUGUGUCUAUGUUGAAGAGGAUUUCAGCACUCAAGAACAAACUUCAAGAAAUACUUUGUUCAAAGGGUCUUUCUGCUGUUUUGAAAUUGAGAGAAGGGGCCACAUCUGUACUUGGGCAUCAAUGCAUGUGUGUAUAUCCACUUGUCUUUGAUUUCAGUUUGGAACUAAGAUCUAAUCCACUGCAAUCAGUGAGAGAUUUUGCAGCAAGUACGGGGCUGGAACCUCGAUGUACACAGCCCAGUUAAAAUCACUGAAAUCGCAAACAUUAGAACUAAGCAGGCUACAAUGCCCAAGUGUAAAAUUUGGCCUCAAAGAGGUAAGUGAGAACACAACACAGUCCUGUACUCCUUAGUCAGUUAAUAACACUCAUUUGUCCUUGUUAACAGCUUGCAGCGUCACCAGCAUAUAGUGGGAGCAAUAGCUAAAUAAAGACCAAGGGAUAGAAUCCAAAAGCAUUCUUAUGCAUUUAUCAGAGAUUAUUACUCACAUGUAUAUUAUAUAUGAAAGCCAACCAAAAAACCAUGCUGGUGUCCAGCUUUAGCAUGCCUUUCAUAUCCAUCAUAGUAACUGAAGGAUCAAAAUACAUAAUAUCCAGCACAUUCUUAUGAAGUGUUACUAGUCCCAUGGCUUAACUUGAGCAAGUGCAGUAUAAUAAAGUUAAGCAUAGUAUGAAGUCUGUUCAAUUAAAGGUACAUAAGGUUUGUUUUAUGUUUUUCUUUACUCUGUAACUUUAGAGAGCUCUGGAUAGCUCAUCAAUGUAACCAUAAUGAGAUUCAUUUUGUUAGAGCAGGUAAAUAGAAAACAGUACAUCAGCCAAUUUGUACCACUGUCUUCACAUUGUAUUCCACUAAAUAAAUAAAUAAGCCUUUGCAGUGUCUGUAGUA